AUGAAUCAGUCUCUGCCCGGUCCAUGCCUUAUUUAUACCCUCUACCCCCAAAAUUCGCUACUGUGGAGGCCUCUGCAUCGUGGGCCACUGGAGCUGAAGCAGUUCAAUUGCCAGGAGCCGCCGUUGCAAAAGAAAUUCAAUAAACUCAUCAGUGGCACUGGAGCGUCUGAGCCGCGCCGUUAUUUGGGCAAUUGUGUUCUCUGCCUGCCGGACAGCCUGAACCUCCACAAAGACCAGCCGAGGUCAAACAAGCCUGGGGAAGUGCAGAUGUUCAGCCAGUCGGAGCUAAGGACCAUCGAGCAGUCCCUGCUGGCUACGCGCGUGGGGAGCAUUGCUGAGCUCAAUUUCCGUGUGGAUGGGGACAUGCUCCACAUGAGGCCAGGGCAGCUGCUACGAGGCUCCCGUCUGUCCAGGUCUUCUGGAGUGCAGGGCCAUAUCUCUGCUAGUGACCAAGCUUUGCUCAAGUCGGGGUUGUGGCCCAGAAUGCCACCAUGGGUUUUGGGGGUGUGGGGGCCGUUCAUCGUGCUGCCUCCCCUCAUGGAGUGGAUCCGGGUGGCCGUGGCGCACGCCGGGCACCGCCGCAGCUUCUCCGUGGACAGCGACGACGUGCGGCAGGCGGCGAGGCUCCUGCUGCCCGGCGUGGACUGCGAACCUCGACAGCUAAAAAUCGACGACUGUUUCUGUGCGUCUCGGAAACUGGAUGCCGUUGCCACCGAAGCGAAGUUCAAGCAGGACCUGGGUUUCCGAAUGCUGAACUGUGGCCGAACAGAUCUAGUUAAACAGGCCAUAUCCUUGCUGGGCCCAGAUGGAAUUAACAGCAUGAGUGAACAGGGCAUGACUCCACUGAUGUAUGCUUGUGUCAGGGGUGAUGAGGCUAUGGUGCAGAUGCUGCUAGAUGCUGGAGCAGAUCUGAAUGCAGAGGUUGUCAGUACUGCUCAUAAAUACCCAUCCGUCCACCCUGAGACCCGCCAUUGGACAGCUCUGACAUUUGCUGUGUUGCAUGGACAUAUUCCUGUAGUUCAGCUGUUGCUGGAUGCUGGAGCAAAGGUAGAAGGUUCUUUGGAGCAUGGAGAGGAAAAUUACUCUGAAACUCCUUUACAGUUGGCAGCAGCAGCUGGAAAUUUUGAACUGGUUAGUUUGCUGCUGGAGCGAGGAGCUGACCCCAUGAUAGGCACCAUGUACAGGAACGGCAUUUCCAUGACUCCACAAGGUGACAUGAACUCUUUCAGUCAGGCUGCUGCACAUGGACACAGCCAUCCAGAGGAACAUAGAUACAGGAAUGUGUUUCGCAAGCUCCUUGCUCAGCCCGAGAAAGAGAAGAGCGAUAUUCUGUCCCUGGAGGAGAUCCUGGCGGAGGGGAACGACUUGCCCGAUUCUGCGGCAGCUCCCCUUUGCGCCAGCCGCAACAGCAAGGCCAAACUGAAGGCCCUGAAGGAAGCCAUGUACCACAGUGCCGAACACGGAUAUGUGGACGUGACUAUCGACAUCAGGAGCAUAGGUGUUCCCUGGACACUGCACACAUGGCUGGAGUCCCUGCGAACGUCCUUCCAGCAGCACAGAAGACCCCUCAUCCAGUGCUUGCUCAAGGAAUUCAAGUCCAUUCAGGAAGAAGAGUACACAGAGGAGCUCAUCACACAAGGGUUGCCUUUGAUGUUUGAGAUCCUGAAAGCGAGCAAGAAUGAAGUUAUAAGUCAGCAGCUGUCUGUCAUUUUCACGCAUUGCUAUGGACCCUACCCGAUUCCAAAGCUUGUUGAAAUUAAGCGCAAGCAGACCUCUCGCUUAGAUCCGCAUUUUCUUAACAACAAAGAGAUGUCAGAUGUUACAUUUCUGGUGGAAGGAAGACCAUUUUAUGCACAUAGAGUGUUGCUAUUUACCGCAUCACCAAGGUUUAAAGCACUGCUGUCUAGCAAGCCCGCAGCUGAUAGUACUUGUAUUGAGAUCAACUAUGUGAAGUACCCCAUCUUUCAGCUGGUUAUGCAGUAUCUUUAUUAUGGAGGUGCAGAGUCACUGCUGAUUAAGAAUAAUGAAAUCAUGGAGUUUCUCUCUGCUGCUAAAUUUUUCCAGCUUGAAGCUUUGCAACGACACUGUGAGAUCAUUUGUGCAAAAAGCAUUAAUACAGAAAACUGUGUGGAUAUUUAUAAUCAUGCCAAGUUUCUCGGAGUCACAGAACUAUCUGCCUAUUGCGAAGGCUACUUUCUAAAAAAUAUGAUGGUCCUCAUUGAAAAUGAAGCUUUCAAACAGCUGUUGUAUGACAAGAAUGGAGAAACAUCUGGUCAAAAUGUACUACAGGACUUACAGAGGACGUUGGCCACAAGGAUUCAGUCAAUUCAUUUGUCUUCUUCAAAGGGCUCCAUUGUAUAAAGCUGAGGAAGACGGUAACGCUCCAAUAAAGACCCUGCAAGUUAAGUCUCCCGUUGCAGUUGUUUAAAUGAAUACGAAAAAAACCAUCUACUUCACAUCCAAAUAGUUCUGUGCUGGCCAAAGUUGCUGCGUUGAGGCUGUGGCCUCAUCCGGAUGAGGGAAUACAGAACACGUAGCUCCUGCUUGU